UUCGUCAGCUGAGAGGGAGUGUGCCGCGUUGCAAAGGAGUCAAAAUUUCAAUUAUUGAGCAGUGUUGCGAAAACACAAACGGCAAGAACAAUUAAGUACGGGGCAUUCACUGUUCUGGUGUUUUUACAAUGACGAAAACACGCUUCAAUACGUACGAUGUGGUCUGCUCUGUUACGGAGUUGCAGAAGUUGAUUGGCAUGCGAGUCAAUCAAAUAUAUGACAUCGAUAACAAAACCUACCUUAUCCGCUUGGCCCGCAAUGAGGAGAAGGUGGUACUGCUGCUAGAGUCCGGUUUGCGCUUUCAUACGACCAGCUUCGAGUGGCCCAAGAACAUGGCUCCGUCCGGGUUUACGAUGAAGCUGAGGAAACAUUUAAAAAAUAAACGGCUGGAAAGUCUUCAACAGCUGGGCGUGGAUCGAAUAGUCGAUUUUCAGUUUGGCUCGGGAGAAGCGGCUUAUCACAUCGUUUUGGAGUUGUACGACAGGGGAAACAUUCUGCUUACCGACUGUGACUUACGCAUCCUCAACAUCUUGCGACCGCACGUUGAGGGCGAAGAGUUGCGCUUUGCUGUCCGAGAAAAGUAUCCGCGGGAUCGAGCAAAGCAGGACAAUGGGCCACCAUCGAUGGAGCAAAUAAAGGAUGCGAUCCAAAAGGCCCAUCCGGGAGAUACGCUGCGUACUGCAUUGAAUCCGGUGCUCGAGUACGGCGCUUCGGUAAUCGAUCACGUUUUGCACAAGCACGGUCUGUUCGGUUCUAGGAUUGGCGGAGAAAUACCCAAUGAUCCGGCAUUACCGAAGAAGGUUAAAAAGAAGCAGAAAAAUUUGGCAAAAGAGUUUUCAAAAGUAUUCGACAUGGAGACGGACCUGGCGUCCUUGAUGAGCGCCAUCAAUGACGCCGAAAGUAUGCUACGGGCAGCUCAGAAGGAACCCUCGCCCGGAUAUAUCAUACAAAAGAAGGAGCUGAAACCGGCCAAGGAAGGCGAAAAGGAGGAAUACUAUUUUACCAACCUGGAAUAUCAGCCCUAUCUGUACAAUCAAUACCAAGCAGAACCCUACAAGCAGUUUGAUUCGUUUACGACGGCCGUGGAUGAGUUUUAUUCCUCGCUAGAAAGUCAAAAGAUAGACCUUAAAGCUUUUGCACAGGAACGUGAAGCGCUUAAAAAGCUAUCCAACGUUAAAACGGAUCACGCGAAACGUAUCGAGGAACUGACAAAGGUGCAGCUGGGAGACCGUAAGAAGGCGGAACUGAUUACGCGCAAUCAGGAUUUGGUCGAUAAGGCUUUGCUUGCUAUCCAGAGUGCCCUGGCGUCACAAAUGUCUUGGACGGAUAUACAGGAUUUGGUGAAAGCUGCCCAGGCAAACAAAGAUCCGGUUGCGUCAUGCAUAAGGCAGUUAAAAUUGGAGAUAAAUCACAUUUCGCUCUAUCUGGCCGAUCCUUACGCCUUUCUAGAUGAGGGUAACAGCGAUGAAGACGAGGAGGCGAGUGAUCGUGAAGACGAUGAGGAAAAGUUGGAACCGAUGGUUGUGGAUGUUGACCUGGCGUUGACGGCAUUUGCAAACGCUCGACGUUACUACGAUCAGCGUCGUUUUGCAGCAAGAAAAGAGCAGAAAACAAUCGAAUCCAGCUCGAAGGCGUUGAAAAAUGCGGAACGAAAAACAAUCCAAACACUGAAAGACGUACGAACGCAAACGACUAUCUCGAAGGUGCGGAAGGUGUACUGGUUCGAAAAGUUCUACUGGUUCGUUAGCUCGGAAAACUAUCUCGUCAUCGGUGGACGGGAUCAGCAGCAGAACGAACUGAUUGUGAAGCGAUACAUGCGGCCGACCGACAUCUACGUGCACGCAGAGAUUCAAGGUGCUUCGAGCGUCAUCAUUAAAAAUCCUGCCGGGGGCGAGAUUCCUCCGAAGACGCUGCUUGAAGCAGGUACCAUGGCCAUUUCGUACAGUGUGGCCUGGGAUGCCAAGGUUGUGACGAGCGCGUAUUGGGUGCGCAGUGAGCAGGUCAGCAAGACUGCUCCAACGGGAGAGUAUCUAACGACCGGUAGUUUCAUGAUACGAGGAAGGAAGAAUUUUCUACCCCCUUGCCACCUGGUGCUGGGAUUAUCGUUCCUGUUUAAGCUCGAGGACAGUUCAGUAGAACGCCAUCGGGGAGAACGGAGGGUGCGAACGUUCGAAGAGGAAUCGGUUGCCAGCAAGGAUGAGGUGAAGUCGGAAAUAUCUGACCAACCAGUCGAUCAAGAAAUUGAACUGGACGAAGAGUCGGACAAUGAUGGGGAGAAAGAGAAAGAAAUGGAAAAAUUGGACGACACUUCACUUCCGGAAACUGUGAAAAAGCUGUCCAUCUGCGAAGAACCUUCUUCGGAUGCUUCCGCCAGCCAGAGUGGGGCCGAAGAGGAGCCAGAAAAGGACAGCGGUGUGCCCCAGUUUCCAGACACUCACGUCAAGGUUGAACACGAUACCGGCAAGGUAUCUGUAAAGGCCGAUCCAAUUUUACAACGCCUAACGUCCGCGCCUGAUGCGGAUUCGGUAGUGUUUCUAGGCGAUGAAAAGCCAUAUAUCAUUCAGCCGUCUGCGCCGCGCAUUAAACAAAUAUCGAAAAGCAAGCAAAAGGCUAAGGACAAGGAACAGAAGGCAAAGCAAAAACAGGCUCCCGCGCCAAAAGAGGAGCCGCAGAAGGCGGGCCAACUGAAGCGCGGUCAGCGGGCAAAGAUGCGCAAAAUCAAAGAAAAGUAUAAGGACCAGGACGAUGACGACCGUAAGCUAAUCAUGGAGAUCCUGAAAUCGGCCGGCAAUCGCAAGCCGGACGAGGAAACGAAGGAGGACGACGAUGCUGCUGCUGAUAAGGGGAAGGCUAGCUUUAGCAAACGGACCCCUCGUCUAAAGCCGGGUGAGUUUGAGGAACUAGGUGAUGACACACCGGCCGCUGCCGAUCUGGACAUGCUGGAUGGCCUCACCGGGCAACCGGUGGAUGAAGAUGAGCUGUUGUUUGCCAUCCCAGUAGUUGCGCCCUAUCAGUCGCUGCAUAAUUACAAGUACAAGGUUAAGCUGACACCCGGUACUGGCAAGCGUGGCAAGGCCAGCAAGAUGGCGCUGCAAAUUUUCCUGAAGGACAAACAGUGCAGCCCGCGGGAGAAGGACCUGCUGAAGGCGGUGAAGGAUGAGGUGCUGGCACGUAACAUACCCGGAAAGGUGAAGCUAUCGGCACCGCAGAUGCAGAAAGUGCGGAAGUGAAAUGAUAGUGCAUUGAUACUCUGUUGAUACUGUUGAUGCUUCGAUUCCGUGUUAUUUUUCCCUCAAUAAAAUAUGAUUAAUCA